CUCUGCUGCUCCUCCAGCCUCCAGCCUACCGGUGACAGCAGGAACACCAUCAGCAGACACACACACACACACACACACAGUGGGGAUGGAUGAGCGCCAUAUUGCAGCAGGUUGAACAGGAGGAAGAGAGAAAAUCUGCUGCGAGCUUCGGACAAUCAUCUCAUCUGCAAACCUCUUCAAGCUCAGGAAGACACACGGAGCUUCAGCUCUCUUCUGUGGAAACACUUUUAUAUUUAAAUUAACAGGAAACAAGACCGAAAGACCGAAAGAUGCCUAAAGCGGUCAAUGUUCGCGUCACCACCAUGGACGCUGAGCUGGAGUUUGCCAUCCAGCCCAGCACCACCGGCAAGCAGCUGUUUGACCAGGUGGUGAAAACCAUCGGCUUACGUGAGGUCUGGUACUUCGGACUUCAGUACAUGGAUAGCAAAGGUUACUACACUUGGCUAAAACUGGACAAAAAGGUGUCGUCCCAGGACAUGAAGAAGGAGAACCCGCUGCAGUUCAAGUUCCGGGCCAAGUUCUUCCCGGAGGAUGUGUCCGAGGAGCUGAUCCAGGACAUCACCCAGAAGCUGUUCUUCCUGCAGGUGAAGGAAGGCAUCCUGAGCGACGAGGUCUACUGUCCACCGGAGACCGCCGUGCUGCUCGCCUCCUACUCCGUUCAGGCCAAGUUUGGAGACUACAACAAGGAAGUCCACCAGCCCGGAUACCUGCUUACCGAACGCCUGCUGCCAACCAGAGUCCAGGAGCAGCACAAGUUAUCCAGAGAGCAGUGGGAGGAGAGGAUCCAGGUGUGGCACGAGGAGCACCGUAGCAUGUUAAAGGAGGACGCCAUGCUGGAGUACCUGAAGAUUGCCCAGGACCUGGAAAUGUACGGAGUCAACUACUUUGACAUCAAGAACAAGAAGGGAACGGACCUGUGGCUGGGAGUGGACGCCCUGGGACUCAACAUCUAUGAGCAGAGCGACAAAUUGACCCCUAAGAUUGGCUUCCCCUGGAGUGAGAUCAGAAACAUUUCCUUUAACGAUAAGAAGUUCAUCAUCAAGCCCAUCGACAGAAAAUCUCCAGACUUUGUGUUUUACGCAAAGAGACUGCGCAUAAACAAGCGCAUCUUGCAGCUGUGCAUGGGCAACCACGAGCUGUUCAUGCGUCGCCGCAAGCCGGACACGAUCGAGGUGCAGCAGAUGAAGGCCCAGGCCCGAGAGGAGAAGCAACAGAAACAGAGGGAGAGGGACCAGCUGGAGAAGGAGAAGAAGAAGAGAGAGAGCAUCGAGAAGGAGAAGGAGCAGAUGGUGCGAGAGAAGCAGGAUCUGAUGAUGAAGCUCUACGAGUUUGAGAAGAAGACCAAAGAGACAGAGAAAGAGCUGGAGGACCAGUGCCAGAGAGCCACGAUGCUGGAGGAGGAGCGGAGGAGAGCCGAGGAGGAGGCAGCUCGUCUGGAGGCCGAGCGUCAGGACGCCCUGCGGGAUAAAGAGGAGCUCGCUCGCCAUGCUGAGGACCGACUGAAGAGUCAGGAGCAGCUGGCUGCAGAGCUGGCAGAGCACACAGCCAGGAUCAGCCUGCUGGAGGAGGCCAAGAAACGCAAGGAGGCGGAGGCCAACACAUGGCAGCUCAGGGCCGAGGAGGCCCAGAACGAUCUGUUGAAGACCAAGGAGGAGCUGCAGAUGGUGAUGACGGCGCCGCCCCCACCACCUCCACCUCCUCCCAUGUACGACAACCUGGACGACAACAGCGACAGCGAGGAGAACACCAGCGAGGAGAACGCCAGCAACCACAGCGCCGACCUGCAGAUUGAAGGCAUCAACGACCACCCCUACGAGGAGGAUCGCCUGACUGAGUACGAGAAGAACGAGCGCGUCCAGAAACAGCUGAAGGCCCUGACCUCAGAGCUGGCUCAGGCUCGUGAUGAAUCCAAGAAUACCCAGAACGAUAUUCUUCACAGUGACAACGUCCGGGCCGGCCGAGACAAAUACAAGACCCUGCGACAGAUCAGGUCGGGCAACACCAAGCAGAGGAUCGACGAGUUUGAGGCCUUAUAAAAAAGCCUUCGGCCCCUUGCCCUUUCUGAAUGGUCACUACAUCCAGACACAUGGACACCCACAAACACGCUAUAAAAACUCAUGUAUAACACACAUCAGUUGCAGACUAAACUGGAGCAGUAUAAGCAUCACUUACAGAGAGGACACGCUCCUGUCGUGAGUGUGCAGAGCUUUUGCAAAUCCUUCGAAGAAAAACUUAGUGCCAAAACCUCUCUCUUUCUUAGUGUUUCAGAUCUUAUUUGUGUAUUUGAUUGUGUGUAAUUUGAUCAAAUUCAGACCAAAUCAUUAUUGUUUUUAUCCAGAGGUGUGAUGAAGUAGUGGGACUAGCCAAAUUUUAUUAUUAUUUCACGAUGUGCACAUAUAAUAUCUAAUCAAAGCCUCGCUUCUUUUUGAUGUCUGUCAUUUGUCGUGUAGGAAAGUAAAAGGACAGUUAGUCGUCGAUAGCGACCACUCAGAAAGGGGAAAACAGUAUAAGCAGGAAAAUGUACUUUUGUUUUUGUUUUCCAUUAUAUUUGAACACUUCCAUUUAUGUUUAAUAUUGCUAUAUGGUAGUUUUAAAAAUCAUCCCUAGUUUGAUAUUUAUACUGUAUAUGGGACAUUAAAAAGGGUAUUUCAUCUUGGUUUGUAUAUUUUUGCUAUCUACUAAUAAUAAACAUUUAAAAUGUUUUAAAAAAAGGUUUUAUAUAUUCACCAAAAUAAUAGCAGUCUUAUAUGUUCCAUACGUUUUCCUUUAGGUUACUAAAUUAAAGAGAUUUAACUGUAAAUUAUUAUUUUUUACUGUAGUAAAUAUCCAGCUGCAUGUCAUUGAAUCAGUUAAGGAGAUUGCUAUCUAUCUUGGUACUUUUGAUUAGUUGUUUUUUUUGCCAUGCAGUUCACAGUAUCGCUGAGGUAUGUCUUUAUCCUCAGAGCUCUGUGUUGACUGGGACACUUUAGGUUUAAUAUAUUUUAUUUCUCUGUUCUGUGUCAUGUCGCUGUUGAGUGAGAGAUGAGCUUGUGUUGAGUGCUUUUACCCUCCUAAGUGGCCUUUCUCUCUGGCUGGCCCUCUGCAGGGAUCAGUGCCAGACAGUUGGUCUUCACUUCGUAGCCAAGGUGCUUAGUCACAAAAUAAUACGGCAGCCUUUAGUUCUCUUUCUUAGUGUUAAAUCUAACGAGGGUUGAGGUGAUCGUUACGAGGAGUUUUCAUUUUGGUCACGAUGGACUGACCCAGACAGGACAACACCAACAUCUCACUCUCCUCUCUCUGGACAUGGACUAGAGUAGCAUCUACUGACAUUGUAAUGGAAACGCUCAGCUCUGCUGGCCUUUGUAUAUGAACAGGAUUUUAUAAUGAGGUGUUCAACAUAUUGGCAAUAAAGAAAAAAUCUAUGAUUAAA